CUCGCCCAUUGCGAUGACGAUGACAAGCCUGAACCGGCCGCCAAACGCAGCGCAAAACCUUGGACCGAGGAGGAGGACCGCGCAAUCAUCAGGCUGAUCGCCAGAAUCGGUACGCAGUUCCCAGUCAUCGCGGAGGAGAUGCACAACAAACGGACAGCCGAUGCUGUGCGCAAUAGAUGGCACAAGCUGCAAGCCGCAGGCCUGGCGGAAAAAUCUUCGGGCUCUGAAAAGCCGGAGCCGCUGUUGCUACGCCAGAAGGAGCGGAGGGGCUGGACGGCGGCGGAGGAUGCAAUCAUCGAAGAGGGGGUUCGGAAGCAUGGCUUAAAGUGGCGCUGCAUCGCUGGCAUGCUCACAGGGCGGAGUGACUCUGCGAUCCGGAACCGAUAU